CUAUAAAAAACACGUUAUUCCAAUCUUACAUUGAUGCUCAUUCAUUUAACAUAUUUGUAUGCAUCUGUUUUCAACUCUCAAAGACUGUGGUGGAGAAUCCAACAAUGCAGACCAUGGAUAUUGAUGAUGACACGUCUCCCAACAAGCCCAGUGUUACAUUUUCAGCUAAUUUUCCAUGGUGGAAGAGACCCUCUGGAAUUGGUGCAGUGUGUCUCGGGCUGCUGUGUGUUCUCCUAUUGACUGGGAUCAUAGGCCUGUUUGUCUACUAUGGUGUCAUUGAUCAUCACUACUCAACAGAGAGAGACCAACAGACCAGUUACAGCCUUCUGACUAAAGAAGGAGAUCAGCAACCAACCAGUUAUAAUAACUUGACUAAAGAGAGAGACCAGCUACAGAGCAGUUACAACAACCUGACUGAAGAGAGAGACGAGCUACAGACCAGUUACAACACCCUGACUAAAGAGAGAGACCAGCUACAGACCAGUUACAACACCCUGACUAAAGAGAGAGACCAGCUACAGACCAGUCACAACACCCUGACUAAAGAGAGAGACCAGCUACAGACCAGUUACAACACCCUGACUAAAAAGAGAGACCAGCUACAGAAUAGUCUCGCAACCAAAACUAAGGAGAAAGACCAGUUGCAGAAUACUCUCAACACAAUAACUCAGGAAAGAGAUCAACUGCAGAAUAGUCUUAAUACAAAAACAAAGGAGAGAAACCAGCUACAGAGUAGCCUAAAUACCAGGACCACAGAGAGAGACCAGCUACAGAAUAGCCUAAAUACCAGGACCACAGAGAGAGACCAGCUACAGAAUAGCCUAAAUACCAGGACCACAGAGAGAGACCAGCUACAGAAUAGCCUAAAUACCAGGACCACCGAGAGAGACCAGCUACAGAGUAGCCUAAAUACCAGGACCACAGAGAGAGACCAGCUACAGAGUAGCCUAAAUACCAGGACCACAGAGAGAGACCAGCUACAGAAUAGCCUAAAUACCAGGACCACAGAGAGAGACCAGAUACAGAAUAGUCUAAAUACCAGGACCACUGAGAGAGACCAGCUACAGAAUAGUCUUAAUACCAAAACUAAGGACAGAGACCAGUUGCGGAAUACUCUUACCACAAUAACUCAGGAGAGAGACCAGUUGCAGAAUAGUCUAAAUAACAGGACCAUGGAGAGAGACCAGUUACAGAAUCAUCUAAAUACAACAACCACUGAAAUGGACAAGUUGAAGAAGAGUGUGGAGAAUAGAACUAUGGAGCGUGACCAGCUACAGAAGCAGAGGGACAGGCUGAACUGUAAUAUCACAGGGUCCUGUCCUGAAGGAUGGAGAAGGUUUGGCUGCAGCUGUUACUACCUCUCUACUGAGGAGAAAUCCUGGGAGGAGAGUAGACAGGACUGUCUGGAGAGAGGAGCAGAUCUGGUGAUCAUUAACAGUGAAGAGGAACAGACAUUCAUCAAUGGGUUUGAAUCAGUCCUUUUUGCCUGGAUUGGUCUGACUGAUUCUGUUACUGAGGGGACCUGGAAAUGGGUGGACGGCACCCCACUGACCACAGCAAGGUAUUGGACGAUUGAACAUCCUCUUGGUGGUACAUUCCAGAACUGUGCAUUCAUCCAUCACAUGUCAUCAGGCCAUGGACAAUGGUGGAGUUUUAAUUGUUCCUCUUCAGAACAAUGGAUCUGUGAGAAAUAGGCUUCUCUUAGGUACUUUCUCUGCACUGCUGAUUAAUGAACUCUACUGUAUGUUAAUGAUGGUCUGAAGACUGGUGUGAUUUGAUAGAAUGGUACUCUGAACUACAGGUCGGAGAGAAACACAUGCACACAUUCAGACACACCAACAUACAGGACCUGAACAAGAGUCUCCCACGAGAGAAACGACACCUUUAUUAGACAGAGGAAAUUCCCUUUCGGGCCGAGAGCUGACACUGAUUUUGAAGUUGCAGGCAGGGCUACCUCAUCACAUGACUAUGAGUAACCAAUCAUGACCGACUCGUGUCUGCUACACAAUCAUUUAUUCAUAUGUCAAACAAUGAUGUGUAGAAUAUAGAUAUCAUUCAAUAGCCACUAUCAAUCAAUUACUGUUAAGUUCUACAUUUCUAAAUACAUUUAAAAUGACUGUAUAUGUUUAUUAGUUGUACAGUAUGUCUGCUUCUUGUGCUUUUAUCAUUCCGUACUUAAACAACGUGUACUUCCUGCUUAUUCAAUAAAUAAUUUAAUCUAGAUUAAAGACAUUUCUUUGCUAGUA